AUGCCAACUGUGACGCGUUCUCUUUCUACUGCUCCGUUUAAAGAUGUCUAUCAAAAGGAGCUUCUGCAGAUACUUGAUGCUCACCGUGGACCAAAAGCCAUUUAUUGGGAAGGCAAUGCCAUUUCUCCCGUUAAUCUCAUUAUUGGACACUCACUUCUUAAAGACCAUGGUGUCAUUCAUUCGUUUGUGAUUGAUCCCUCGCAAACUGCUCCUCCGCCUCCAGAGGUCAAUUCAAUUUUCUUUAUUCUCCAUUGUGAUUUAAAGGUUCUUGAUAUUGUCGUUAAAUUUCUAAAGGUAGAGUUUUCUCGUCCUCAGUUGUCAUCUGUUUCUACAAAGAAGGACUAUUGCAUAGUUGCCAUUCCAAAGUGCUCCAUCGUCUGUAAAUCAUUCCUUCAAGAAUCUCAAAUUACCGAAAGGCUUGCGGGCAUUUACGAUCUGUCUUUGACCCUAUUGCCCCUUGACAGUGAUCUUCUUUCCAUGGAGGAUCCGGAUUGUUUUUCUGUAGGUUUGAAAAUGCAUAUUAAUGAGGUUCUUCCUAAGGAUUUUAGCUUACGGAACAAGGAGAACAGUUUAUUUAACUUUGCUAAAGGCCUUAUGAAAUUCCAAUCUGUCUACGGUCUCUUUCCUCGGAUACGUUCCAAGGGGCCAAAAGCAAAGCGGAUCGUGGAGAUGUUGGCGCAAAUGCGGCAGGAGGCGGUGGCCACAGCUAGUCUGGACGCUCCAGCAGUGCAGGAAGGCACCGCUGUACAACCGCUGGAAUCGCCUGGUCAGACCGACCUUCUUAUCAUCAUUGAUCGCAGCGUUGACGCCUUGACCCCGUGUCUCAGCCAGCUCACCUACGAAGGCCUCAUAAAUGAAGUUUGGCCGAUCAUGCACGGCAAUGCAAAAAUAUCCCUAUCUGGAAGCACAACUGGUCCAAAACGGGUUGUCUUCAACUCCGCUGAUGUGCUCUUUUCUGAGAUUAGAGAUCAAAACUUUGCUGACAUCGGAGCUGUUCUUGGAAAGAGAACCAAAGAAUUGUCAAGUGUUAUGAAUGAAGCCAAAUCUUCCAAUAAAGUGACAACUAUUUGUCAGGUUGUAAACCGAUUGCCUGAACUGAAACAAUCAUAUGCAUCAGCAUCAUUACACUUGUCCAUUGCCGAGAACAUCCAAGAGUACGCCACCUCCGAAAACUUCAUUGCUUCCUACAAGGCACAACAAGACUUUCUGAAUGGUCGUGAAGCGGACAAGGUUCAUCCCUUCAUAGAACAGCGGAUCCUUCAAAUGGCACCCAUCGAAGAGAUGUACGGAGCAGAGCACAUGUUGACGCUGAACAACUUGCGAAAACUUGGUCUACUGGAGGAGAGCUCGCGUCUGGCCCGCAUUGCGCGACCUAUGGGUAGUCCCGUCGAUGUCCUUGCAGGGGAUACCAGUGCAGCUGUGCGUCAUACAAUCGCGUCGGUUUCGCUGGCCUACGCGAGCACCUUACGUAGAAGCCUUCGGCUUCAAGUGACAGAUGAGACACCAUCUCAAGUACAACAGCGUUCGAUAGGGGUGCGGGAAGAGCAGAACCUCGAUGCCACUUUUGCGCAUAUUUUUGGAGGUUCGGUGCCAAUUAGUGUACGUUUAGUGCAAGCCAUGGCUCUUGAUUGGCCCACGCGUCCGCUAAUUUCAACCGCCUCUGGCGCGAGUGGGACACUCCUCUUGAGUGCCGCUUCCACUGCCCUUCAUGCUGGGCGUAGGUUCGUCUCUCAUGUUCAAGGAGCCACUUCUAGCGGCGGCAAUUACGUAACCAAUCUCAUACCAGCAGUGGAGGUGGAUGAAGUCCAAACACCCGGAGAUAUUGGAGCCUCUUCAAAGGGCACUGGCGUGAUGAAACGCUUUAUGCCCAGUACAGGCGAUGAGCGAAGCAAGACGGUUGUGAUAGCUUUCGUUGGCGGGGUUACUCACUCCGAGCUGGCAGCUCUUCGCAAAGUAUCUGCAUACGAUGAAGGUCAAGUGGACUUCAUCUUCGCAACUACUGGACUUUUAACCUGCAGAAGGUUUAUUAAGUCAUUGUCGCACCCCAUCCCUGUGGCCGAAAUUGAAGGAUAA